CAAAACUCCAAAUAAAACCAAACCCACACACAUAGCAUUCACCACCUCUCUCUCUAUCUCUCUCUCUCUCUCUCUAAAAUCACAGUCAGCUUCUCUCUCUCUCUCUUCAGUUUUUUUCAGCAUGGCGGAAUCCGUCGAGCUUCCCGGUCGCCUCGGUAUCCUCCCCUUCAAGAACAAGGUCCUCUUGCCCGGCGCCAUCAUUCGAAUUCGAUGCACUUCCCCCAGCAGUGUGAAGCUGGUGGAGCAGGAGUUAUGGCAGAGGGAAGAGAAGGGAUUGAUUGGCAUUCUUCCGGUCCGAGACGCUGCCGAGGCAGCAGCAGUUGGACCGAUGCUGUCUCAAGGCAUGGGAAGUGAUUCUGGGGAGCGCAGCUCGAAAGUUCAAGCUGGCACGUCUGAAGGUCAGAGAGUGGAUGGCAAGAAUCAGCAGGAUAUUCAUUGGCAUACCAGGGGAGUUGCUGCACGCGCUCUACAUCUCUCAAGAGGAGUUGAGAAGCCAAGUGGGAGGGUUACAUAUGUAGUUGUCCUUGAAGGUUUAUGUAGAUUCAGCGUCCAGGAACUUAGUACAAGAGGAACAUAUUAUACUGCACGGAUAUCUCCUCUUGAAAUGUCAAAAUCUGAAAUGGAGCUAGUGGAGCAAGAUCCUGAAUUCAUCACAUUGUCUCGCCAGUUCAAAGCAACUGCUACCGAGCUUAUUUCUGUUCUUGAGCAGAAGCAAAAAACUGGUGGAAGAACCAAAGUACUUCUAGAGACAGUCCCGGUUCAUAAAUUAGCAGAUAUAUUUGUUGCUAGCUUUGAGAUAAGUUUUGAGGAGCAACUGUCUAUGUUAGAUUCAGUUGAUCUAAAAGUAAGACUUUCAAAAGCUACCGAGUUAGUUGACAGGCACUUGCAGUCUAUACAUGUAGCAGAGAAGAUUACACAGAAAGUUGAGGGUCAAUUAUCAAAAUCACAAAAAGAAUUCCUUUUGCGUCAACAGAUGAGAGCUAUAAAGGAGGAGCUCGGUGACAAUGAUGAUGAUGAAGAUGAUGUAGCUGCCCUGGAAAGAAAGAUGCAAAGUGCAGGAAUGCCUUCAAAUAUCUGGAAGCAUGCACAAAGGGAGUUAAGGAGGCUUAAAAAGAUGCAACCCCAGCAACCUGGAUAUAAUAGUUCACGUGUUUACCUGGAGCUACUUGCUGAUCUUCCUUGGGAGAAGUCUACUGAAGAAUUUGAAUUAGAUUUAAGGGCUGCAAAAGAACGUCUUGACAAUGAUCACUAUGGUUUAGAAAAGGUCAAGCAGCGCAUCAUUGAAUAUUUGGCCGUCCGUAAGCUUAAACCAGAUGCCAGAGGCCCUGUGCUGUGCUUCGUUGGCCCACCAGGUGUUGGGAAAACAUCUUUGGCAUCAUCUAUUGCUUCUGCCCUGGGCAGAAAGUUUAUACGCAUAUCCCUUGGUGGUGUCAAGGAUGAGGCUGAUAUUCGAGGACAUAGGAGGACAUACAUUGGAAGCAUGCCGGGGAGACUCAUUGAUGGGUUGAAGAGAGUAGCUGUCUGCAAUCCUGUCAUGCUGCUUGAUGAAAUUGACAAGACCGGUUCUGAUGUGCGUGGUGAUCCAGCUUCAGCUUUAUUGGAGGUUCUUGAUCCUGAGCAAAACAAAACUUUCAAUGAUCACUAUUUGAAUGUUCCGUUUGACCUUUCAAAGGUGAUUUUUGUGGCAACUGCAAAUAGGAUGCAGCCCAUUCCACCUCCACUCUUGGACAGGAUGGAAGUUAUUGAGUUGCCUGGGUAUACACCCGAAGAAAAGCUGAAGAUAGCCAUGCACCAUUUAAUUCCACGAGUUCUUGAUCAGCAUGGGUUAAACACCGAGUAUCUUCAAAUCCCCGAGGAAAUGGUGAAACUUGUAAUUCAGGGGUACACCAGAGAGGCUGGUGUUCGGAAUCUAGAGAGGAAUUUGGCUGCUUUAGCUCGUGCAGCAGCUGUAAGAGUUGCAGAGCAUGAGCAAACUGUCUCAGUGAGCAAAGAUGUGCACUCUCUUGCUUCCCCGAUAGUGGAAAGCAGACUUGCUGAUGGUGGAGAAGUGGAAAUGGAGGUUAUUCCAAUGGGUGCAACUAAUCACGAGAUAUCAAGCACUUUCAAGAUUUCUUCGCCACUGAUUGUGGAUGAAGUUAUGCUGGAAAAAGUGUUAGGGCCUCCUAGGUUUGAUGACAAGGAAGCUGCAGAACGUGUUGCAACUCCUGGUGUAUCUGUUGGGCUUGUUUGGACUUCUGUUGGUGGAGAGGUUCAGUUUGUAGAGGCUACAGCAAUGGCAGGAAAGGGUGAAUUACAUCUCACUGGUCAGCUUGGAGAUGUUAUAAAAGAAUCAGCACAGAUAGCACUGACUUGGGUAAGAGCCAGGGCAACUGAUCUAAAGUUGGCAGUAUCAGAGGAAACAAAUCUUCUGCAGGGUCGGGAUGUUCAUAUACAUUUUCCUGCUGGCGCUGUACCUAAGGAUGGGCCUUCUGCUGGUGUGACACUGGUGACUGCACUUGUUUCACUAUUCAGUCAGAAAAGAGUAAGGGCAGAUACAGCAAUGACAGGAGAAAUGACAUUGAGGGGUCUCGUACUACCUGUUGGUGGUAUCAAGGAUAAGGUGUUGGCAGCACACCGUUGUGGUAUUAAAAGAAUCAUUCUUCCUGAGAGAAAUCUGAAAGACUUAACUGAGGUACCAUCAGCAGUGCUGGCCAGUCUUGAGAUUAUAGUAGCAACACGAGUGGAAGACGUAUUAGAGGAGGCUUUUGAAGGUGGAUGCCCUUGGAGACAGCAUUCAAAAUUAUGACAUGCCCCUUGGAGAGGAAAAUAUUUACACGCACCUGUAGACUGAAAUACUGACUUGCCUACGGUGGUUGUAGGCUUGUAGCUGACAAUGGAGGACACUAAUUGUUCAGCAGCUGUCUUAGCUGCAAAGACGCAAGAUAUACGGCUAUACGCAAUCACUUCUACCAGUCAUGGCUUGUGAUAAGAUGAAUUGAACGUGGUCAUGGAAGAAUAUGAAAAUACUAGUUCAUUUCCUUUUGAGAGUUUGUAUAAAAUCUCGGGAUGCAUUGUUCUUCAUUCUUAUCAGGCUGCAUUUACCGAGCAUGAGCAACUGCUAUAUCUCUUGUUAAUGUCCCUCUGCUACAUUUGCCCAAGUAAUCAUAAUCUAAUUAUGUCA